UACAGCGACUGAAAAUUAGAACAAUCGUGUAAGAAACAGAGAUGAGGGUAUUAUCCUCCUCCGCCUACUGCUCCGCCGCCUCCGCCGCUUAUCCCGCCGCUAUCCCUAUACGACGUCGCAGAAGCUCCUCCGUCGCUUGCCUCCAAAACACCAGCAUUUUUGUUCCCGAGGUAGAUAAAGCAGUAGAUUCACUAUAUUCAGAGUUCAGGAGCGUGGAUAAUCUUGUUGCUAGUAACACAGCGCGUGUUCUCAAGGCUUUUCAAAAUGCUCGUGUCAGCUCUCAUCAUUUUGGCGGUUGCACAGGCUAUGGUCAUGAAGAAGCUGGAGGGCGCGAAGCCCUAGAUCAAUGUUUUGCAGAGAUAUUUGGUGCUGAAUCUGCACUCGUGCGAUCUCAGUUCUUUUCAGGAACUCAUGCCAUCACCUGUGCUUUGUUUGCUUUGCUACGGCCAGGUGAUGAGCUUUUGGCAGUUGCUGGUGCUCCUUAUGAUACUUUGGAAGAAGUUAUUGGGGUCCGGGACUCUAAUGAAUUGGGCUCCCUCAGAGAUUUCGGAGUAGAAUACAGAGAAGUGCCUCUUGCAGGAGAUGGUGGUCUUGAUUGGAAUGCUCUCAAUGUUGCUAUAAAACCUCAGACAAAAUGUGCCCUCAUACAGAGGUCAUGUGGAUAUUCUUGGCGGCGUAGUUUAAGUGUAAAUGAAAUUGGUAGGGCGAUUAAGAUAAUAAAGAUGCAAAAUCCUGACUGCCUUGUCAUGGUGGACAAUUGCUAUGGUGAAUUUGUGGAACUUAUUGAACCCCCCAUGGUGGGUGCAGAUCUCAUUGCUGGCAGUUUAAUUAAAAAUCCUGGUGGAACCAUUGCACCAUGUGGUGGUUAUGUUGCUGGACAAAAAAAGCUGGUAAAAGCAGCAGCAGCACGUCUCUCUGCUCCAGGACUUGGGAUUGACUGCGGCUCGACGCCUGGAGAUAUUAUGCGAGCAUUCUUUCAGGGUUUGUAUCUCUCUCCCCAAAUGGUUGGGGAAGCAAUUAAGGGAAGCUUGUUGAUUGCCGAAGUUAUGGCGAUGAAAGGUUAUAAAGUUCAGCCACUUCCCAGAGUGACCCGCCAUGAUACUGUACAGGCAGUGCAGCUAGGAAGCCGUGAGGUCCUACUUGCUUUUUGUGAAGCUGUACAGAGAAGUUCUCCUGUAGGUUCCUUCACAAAACCAAUCGCAGGGGCAACACCUGGCUAUGCAUCAGAGGUGAUAUUUGCUGAUGGCACAUUCAUUGAUGGGAGUACGAGUGAGCUCUCAUGUGAUGGACCACUAAGAGUGCCCUACGCUGUCUUCUGUCAGGGAGGUACUCACUGGACCCAAUGGGGACUAGUUCUGGGGGAAGUUUUGAAGUCUAUAUGAUGAAAGAUCGGAACUCCUGGGCUGGUGCAGCUCUGGUAGAAAUUUUUGUUCGAUUUAGUGCGGCUGUUAUAUACAAUAUGGAGCAAUUUAUGCAAAUAUAUUAUCAUGGUUCAUGGGUACACGAGGAGGCAUAUUCUCAGAGGGACAAGUACAGUAGUAUUAUGGAAAAUGUAUGAGCAUUUUACGGAAAUUUCAAUUUUGAAUAUGAGAAGGGUUACUAGUUAUUUGUA